GCUUCAUGAUACCUCGUAAUGUCCAGGUUCUGCGUUACGUUUUCUGUUAUAGACGCAUGGAUCUGGUAAAAUAAUAGUUAUUCUAACACUAUGGCUGUUAACAUGUUAUCAAAAGCCUUUAGGCAAUUAAAUAUCAGGAAUCCAGAAUUUUUCAUAAAAUGUCAACCAGUUACUCAAGUUAAACUGCCAUUCAAGCCAUCAUCGGAUUUAUUGUCUAAUCCAGAGUACACCAAUGUUGAAUCUUUGAAAACUAAUUUUUCGAUUACCUGUCGAUCUAUUGAGUUAAACUUAAACAUAAUAAAACCUCCACUACCAGUCAAUAAAAUCAUAGAGUGCCCAAUUCUACCAUUACUUCAAAUUGAUAAUCCAUUAAAAAACCAAAAAGAAAUCAAUGAAAUUAAUUCCAACAAAGUGAUUGAAAUUCCCAAUGAUACAAAUAUCAUUGAGAAACAAGCAGUAAGAAUGAUAGUCAUAAGGAGAAAGAAAAUAAAGAAGCAUAAAAGAAAGAAGUUUCUCAAGAGAAUGAAGUUUGUUAUUCGAAAGAGAGAGCAAAAAAGAAAGUUGAAAAAAGAAAAAAUUUUCCAAGCUAAAUUACAAGACAUUUAUCAACAAGCUGAAGAAUUUGAUGCUAAGGCGUAUGUUGCUUCACGCAUUUAUCUUCACCAAAGAGAAUUGGUACCUACUAGAUAUAGAGGUGAACUUUUACCUGAAGACCAAGUAAAGGAAUUUUUAAGACAAAAAGCUGAAAGAAAAGCUGAAAACCGUCGUAGAUGUACGUAUAGAAUUAAGUUAGAAAAUGAUUGAUUUGUGUAAGUUUUAUUUAUUAUUAUUUUAACUACUUUGCAAUAAACAGAAAAAGACAAAUCUUACUC